AUGAUGACCCAUAUGGAUGAACCACAAGUUGAAGAACAUACCCAAGGAGCAGCUGACGCUGCCUGUCAAACACCGCUAGAGGCAGGGCAUCACUGGGUGAAUUUUGUCUUUCCAGUAAAAGAAUAUGGCUUUGUUUAUACGGAAGGUUUAUAUGAAUUAUAUUCACAUCCUGAAUUCAUAGUCUUUGAUGUUCCGAAAGAAAAGGUGGACCGAGUUUGCGCUGCCAUGAAUUUCUUGGCGGACAGACUCAAAAGUGGCCAUCGUGUGGGAGGAGGACAAAGUCUAGGCUCGCAAGGACUGAUAUUGAGGGCACAAUUGGUGGUAGACGAAGCCUUGCACAGCCGUAUAUGGGAUACCUUCAUGUGCAGGGCGAAUGUAGACUGUCAGAUUAUGGUGCUGUCGCCAUUGUUUAAGGAAGCACAAGAUUGGGGAUCCUUUCCGGAUGCGCCCAAGAGCAAAACAGUUUUAAGGAAUACCAUCUUUGCCAAGCUGCAGGGACGUCGGUUACACUGGUACAUUGAUGGAAACCCAUCCAAUAAAUCAGAUUGGAACAUUCAGCAGAUUAGUCACUUUGAUACCUUUUCAAGUGCAGAUUUGGUAGUUGACUGGGCAAAGUAUUUGACAGAACAUGAAAUUACAUUUGUCAAGGAGAAUAUGACACAUUUUGCCAGUCUUUACAAGCCACGUCCAUUGAAGGAGCAUUUCACAUCGGAAGACGAAAACUUGCUAAUGUACAUGGGAACGCAUGCAACUAAUUAA